AUGUGGUUUUUAGGUCCAGCUGGGCAACCUGGUUCACCUGGCCCAACUGGAGAUCGUGGAACUGCUGGAGGAACAGGUUCUUCUGGACAGCCCGGACCUUCUGGUUCUCCAGGCACUAUAGGACCCCAAGGAGCUCCUGGUGACACGGGAUUACCUGGUGAUGCCGGUCAGCCAGGUUCUCAAGGAGCUGCCGGGCCAAAAGGUCCUACUGGUUCACCGGGUGUGCCAGGUCCUGUCGGUUUGACAGGAAUUAUUGGUUUGCCUGGCGACCGAGGUGUUCAAGGACCACGAGGACAACUAGGAGAUAACGGAAUCCAAGGAAAUCCUGGUCCUCAAGGACCUACAGGACCUCAAGGAGCCCAAGGGGCUCAGGGAGCUACUGGUGAUGCUGGUUCUCAAGGUCCAAAAGGAUUACCAGGAGAUAUAGGAAUAUCUGGCGCUCAAGGACUGGUAGGAGCAACAGGAUUACAAGGUUUUUAUAGCAAUGAAUAUCUAUAA